AUGUUAUCAAGACCUACUCCUCCUCUUCUCACAAUAAAAACGACAUCUCUUGUGCCUCCCACAAACCUCAUAGCCGUUUCUACAAACACAUAUAGUUCCGGUACUGGUACGCAAUCAUCAAGUUCAGAAUCCGCAACGACGUUAUCGGCUAUUUCAGCAGUUGCUAAAUCGGCACUCCCGAUUUCGAGAGCGGGAUUGUCGAGGAAGAUGUCGGGAUUGUCGACUAUGGGGAAGGGAGAGGCGAAGGAAUUUGAUUAUAUUGUUAUUGGGGGUGGAAGUGGUGGAAGUGGGACGGCGAGGAGAGCGGCGGGACCCAAGGAAAAAGGGGGGUGGGGGAAGAAGGUUCUGCUUGUGGAGGAGGGGAAAAGUGGUGGGACUUGUGUUAAUGUUGGCUGCAUCCCCAAAAAACACACUUGGAAUUUCUCUUCCAUGGCUGAAGCCCUCCGUGCUAGCCAACACUACGGCUAUGAAACUCCUUCCAACAUUCCCUUCAACUACGCCGCUUUCAAAGCCAAACGCGAUGCCAAGAUCGCUAAUUUAAACCGUGGUUACGAAACUAACUGGGCACGCGAGGGAAUAACUCUCGUUCGUGGAACCGCCAAAUUUGUCGCUUCGAAAACCAUUAGUGUGGAGUUGGAAGAUGGAAGUGGUGUUGAAACAUUCAAAUCCGAACAUAUCUGUGUAGCUACUGGCGGCAAACCCAUUGUACCGAAGAUUCCCGGCGCCCAUUUUGGUAUCACUAGUGAUGGAUUCUUUGGACUUGAAGAAUUGCCCAAGAAAAUUGCGGUGGUGGGAGCAGGAUACAUAGCAGUUGAGAUGGCGGGAAUGUUGAAUGCUAUCGGAGGCAUUGAAGUCCAUAUGUUUAUACGCGGAGAGAAGAUUUUACGGAAAUUUGAUCCUAUGGUUUCGGAGACGAUGACGAGGACGUAUGAGGAAGCGGGGGUUAUCAUUCAUAGGGGAUAUAAGGGGUUUGCGAGAGUGGAGAUGUGGAGUGGGAAAAAGAAGAGUGAGGAGAAAGUGUUGAACUUGAGAUGGGACGGGGAUGAUGGGAAUGGGUUGGUGGUUAAUGAGGUACUUUGGGCGGUGGGGAGAAGUCCAGAGACGGAGGGAUUAGAUUUAGGGGCUGUGGGGGUACUGACAGAUGAGAAGGGGUACAUUCGGGUAGAUGGAUUCCAGAACACAAAUGUGGAGGGAAUUUACGGUCUGGGAGAUGUGACGGGUCAGAUGGAACUCACACCUGUUGCUAUAGCAGCCGGUCGACAGCUUUCCAACCGUCUUUUCGGUCCAUCCCAAUUUUCCCAAUCCGCACUCUCCUAUUCUCUCAUCCCAACCGUCAUCUUUGCGCACCCUGAAGUCGGUACUAUCGGUCUUACAGAACCUGAAGCCUUCCAAAAAUACGGGGCUGGCAAUCUCAAAAUUUAUCACACAAAGUUCGCAGCUAUGUUUUAUGAUUUCUUUCCGCCAGAAGAGAAGAAAGGUAUACCAACUGAGUUUAAAAUUAUUUGUGAGGGUGAGGAAGAGAGAAUUGUGGGAUUGCAUUUGAUAGGACUUGGAGUUGGAGAGAUGUUACAGGGAUUCGCGGUGGCAGUCAAGAUGGGGGCUAGGAAGAGAGAUUUCGAUGCUUGUGUGGCCAUUCAUCCAACAAGUGCGGAGGAGAUUGUUACAAUGAAAUAG